AUGCAGAACAUGCCUCCUUCCAUUGGUUUUGUAAUCUGCUCCUCUCGUCCUGUCACGUUCAGUGUAUAUGUAGUGGCUCAGUACGACCAAGAGCUGGACAAGUUGAGACACAACAGCAAUGGCGGCGCCCUGUGUCUUAACAAUAAACAACCUGUCCUCUCUGUGUCUCCAUCAUGGCUGAGUCCUGGAGCCUCAGUAACUCUGAGCUGUGAGUUGCGUCUAGAAGAAAAUUUCCAUUCACCAGCGUCUCUCACAGUGAAUCCUGACAGAGUGCAGCACUUCACCUCUGACUCUGUCUCUCUGAGCUGUGAGGGAAACUCUACUGAGUGGAGAGUGAGGAGGUUUACUGAUGAUGGCGUCCUGUCACACUGUUCUACCUGGGGGACAAUGACUGGAUCAACAUGUAAAUUAUCCAGAUCCCAGUCUGAUGAUGCAGUGUACUGGUGUGAGUCUGGAUCAGGAGAGUUCAGCAACGCAGUCAACAUCACUGUCCAUGCUGAUGGUAUCAUCCUGGUGAGCCCUGUCCAUCCUGUCACUGAAGGGAGAUUCUGUUUCACUUGCUGCAAGUUGAAGACACAAAAUGUUCUUUCUACUGGAGAGGAGCUGAAACAUCUUCACAGUGUCAAAGUCCAGAUGAAGGGCUUCUACAAGUGUCAGUCCCCAGGAAAACAAUCACCACAGAGUUGGAUGGCUGUAACCUGA